CAUUCUUUAUUAUUGAAUGAUUAAUUAUUGUUAAAUUUCCCAAGUUUCUUUUUUUCAUGCGAUGCAAGGAUUAUUCUCAUUGGAAAAUCAAGCGUAAAAUACGAUACAGCCCAAAAAUUCCAAACUUCAAAAUUUAGGAGCAUUGAGGACCUGAGCAUCGACCGGUUUACCUACCUAACCUAGGUAUCAUAUCACCCACAACCAACUACAAAGGUCCUUCGUCCUCAGUUAUCGCCCAAGGCGUCCUGUAGCCAUGCGAUUGAUCAAUACUCGCGAUUAUGAGAUGAAGGAAUGGCUUGGCGAUCAGGUCCCUAACUACGCGAUCCUCUCUCAUACAUGGGAAGAAGGUGAGGUAACUUUCCAAGACUGGCAACAUCUUAACGACGAGAUCCGCAAAAAGGCCGGCUAUGACAAGAUCAUGGGAGCAUGUCGGCAAGCAAGGGAAGAUGGUCUAGAUUGGCUGUGGGUUGAUACAAACUGCAUCGACAAGACCAGCUCUGCAGAAUUGUCCGAAGCGAUUAAUUCUAUGUUCGCUUGGUACCGCGACGCGAAGAUUUGUUAUGCUUACCUACAAGAUGUGCCAACAGGGCUGACAGUUCCAAAUGAAAAUGAAGUUGGGACGGACGAGGCAGACAUACCAGAUGAAGCGGAGGUGACAAAUGAAGGGGAUGAGACGUAUCAAGACUAUACAGAUGACGAAUACGACACAGACGAGGAAGACGAAUUGCCAGAGUCAUUUCAUAAUAGUAGAUGGUUCACUCGAGGAUGGACGCUUCAAGAGCUUCUCGCCCCCGAUACAGUGGUAUUCUAUGCUCGAGAUUGGACGACAAUAGGGGCGUUAACACCCUCGAUGUGGGGAGUUAGGGGCCACAUCGCCAGAAUAACUGGCAUCGAUUCUAGAUAUCUAUACGGCUCGGAGAAUUCAAAGGAGGCUAGCGUCUCUGAAAGAUUAUCCUGGGUCGCCAACCGAAAAACUACUCGGACGGAAGAUAUUGCCUACUGCUUGCUCGGUCUCUUUGAUAUCAACAUGCCGCUUCUCUACGGCGAAGGUAUUAAGGCCUUCACGCGGCUCCAGCACGAGAUUAUCAGGAACUCAAGCGACCACACAAUAUUUUGCUGGAAAUGGAGCAACGCGGUCCCCGCCGAUUGGGUGAGCAUACUUGCUCCAUUUCCGAGUGUAUUUGCGGAGUCGGGUAACUACAUUAGAAGAGACGAAGUGGCUGCGGCUGAGUUGUUACCAUAUUCUAUGACGAACAUAGGACUAUCUAUACAGCUUCCGGUUAUAUACGGUCGCAGCUAUGUCUUCGCCAUUCUCAAUGCUGGCAGGCAAUCAAGAGAAUUCAAUAGAUAUGCCGCGAUACCCCUCCGAAUAACAUUAUCGCGUAAGCAGUUCGAUCGUUACAGGUUCCCCCCUGAACCCAUUUUACUAGACUUCCCAGGUCUUAAAGUGAACGAAUACGCCGAACGCGAUGUAUAUUCCGGUCCGGCGCCUUGCGAGCAGCUCAUCAUUCGAUCCGCCUUCAGUGAACUACCGACGAGAGGCCCACCGCGAAGGCUACCAAGAAGCCCCCCUCCACCAUAUAAACUCGAUCGAUACAAUAUACUCAUCAUUAUAGACGCCCAAUGCUCUUUUUCGCGGCUUGCUAAGACACCCUUGUCUUUGGAGUCGGGAACCGAUUAUUUUAGAGUGGUAUCUAACCCUCCUCCUAAAAGGUUGAUUGACACAAUUCCAUUGGUGAGAAUAGAAGAGAAACCGCCAAUAUUAAAAGAGAGCCCACCAAUUUAUGCGUCGCUUGUCAAGAUUGUCCCCACUGAAAAGGACCGGUCUUUCAGCAUUCUGUUCAUGGUAAAGUCAGCAGUAGGUGGGUCAGGACUACCUGAUCAGUGGUCUUGCCACGCUGUACCAGAUGAUUACGAUGAAAUUUUGGCGAGAGCAUCCUUGGAGAUUGAUGUUUUACCUUCUGAGUCAACGGAGACAAGUUAUUUCUCGAGGAAAGAUGGGGAUUGGUGCGUUAAGCUAGGACACAGUUUCACGACAUCUAAUGACAGUGAGGUUCGUGUUGUCCAAAUAUAUAAUGAGGAUGGGUAUCGCCACAGCGGGGUCCCCGUUCGUGAGGGUGGAAGCAACUCGGCAUGUGUGGUAUCUUAACUAUUAAUAAAUAUAUGCAACCCCUAAGACGUCAUCAAUACCAGACGCAUUGUUAUGCCCACCCGCACGGAUAC